GAGACGCCCCGUUGACCGCGGAGGCGCAAAACGCCCUGUCGCCCGCGGCGGCGCGAGACGUCCCGUCGACCUUGGCGACGCGAGACGCCCCGUUGACCGCGGAGGCGCAAAACGCCCUGUCGCCCGCGGCGGCGCGAGACGUCCCGUCGACCUUGGCGACGCGAGACGCCCCGUUGACCGCGGAGGCGCAAAACGCCCUGUCGCCCGCGGCGGCGCGAGACGUCCCGUCGACCUUGGCGACGCGAGACGCCCCGUUGACCGCGGAGGCGCAAAACGCCCUGUCGCCCGCGGCGGCGCGAGACGUCCCGUCGACCUUGGCGAUGCGAGACGCCCCGUUAACCGCGGCGACGUGAAACGCCCUGUUGCCCGUGGCGGCGCGAAACGCCCCGUCGCCCGCGGCAACGCGGAACUGAAGACGCAAAAGUCCGAGAAUGACGGCGACGGUGAGCAGGUGGCCGCCGCUCCGUCUGGUGCGCGGCGCCGGCUCCACGGCAAGCCAUUGAGCGUGCGCGACUCUGCGCGGAAGUGCGAUCUGUGCGAGAUGACGUUCGCGACGCAGUGGCACCUCCAGCGUCACUCGGCGACGAAGCACUCUGGCACGGUCGCCGCACACGCCUGCCGUCUCUGUGCGGCGACGUUCCUGUCUCGCGCGCUGCUGCUGCGUCACACAGCACGCAGCCACAAGGGUCACAGCGUCGGCAAGCUGUCGGCGGUGCCCGCCGCAUCACGCGUCGACAAUGUAUUCUCCGCCGCCGACAUGGUCGACGCGCGCAGAACCUCCAAGUUUGAGUGCGACGUGUGCGAGAAGCAUUUCAGCCGCGCGCACGGCCUGCGGCAGCACAUGGUCGCGCACGCCGAGAAGCGGCACGUGUGCGGCGUGUGCGGGGCGGCAUUCGCGCGCGCCUGGUCGCUCGGGCAGCACGCGCACACGCACCGCGACGUAAAGCCGUACGCGUGCGGCUCGUGCGACUCGCGCUUUGCGCAGCGCGGCUCGCUGCUCGUGCAUGAGCGCACGCACACGGGUGCAGCGCCGUUCCGCUGCCGCUACUGCGGCCACGGCUUUAAGCAGAGCAGCAGCCUGACGCAGCACGUGCGCCGGCACCUCAACAUCAAGCCAUACGCGUGCGACGUCUGCGGUGCGGCGUUCGUCGCCGGCGGCGACCUGCAGAAGCACAAGCUCGUGCACACAGCCGAGAAGGCGCACGAGUGUGAUGUUUGCGGCGAGCGCUUCGCGAAGACCGGCUACCUGCAGCGCCACUAUCGCAUCCACACCGGGGAGAAGCCGUAUGAGUGCAAGCAGUGUGGCAAGUGCUUCCGGCAGCAGAACCACCUGGAUAAGCACAAGCGGACGCACUGGGGUUUCAAGUAUGCCGAGGUCUGUGUGAUGUGUGGUAAGAAUGUAAGACCGGAAAACAUGCAAAUGCAUCUGAAGAGAAUUCACAAACAAGACGUGCAGUUCGUCUGAAAACGUCGUCAAAUCAGUUUGGCAUAAAUUCAUGAUGUCCAGUUGUAGGUCCACGCAUGGACAGUGAUAAAGUGCGAAGCUUACCACCUCCCCAUGUACGUCUAUAACGAUAUUUGAAUUAUAUUGUUGCAUUUGAAGCAAUGUAUUCAUUUUGAUUUGUUUAUAACCUGCUGCAGGAGAAAAGAUCUUCACGUGUGCAACUUUAAAAUAGGAUAUUGAUAAUGCUGUUGUUGGAUCUAAUGCCCUAGUAUGAGCAAGUAUCUUACUUUAUAGUGUUGCUGUUGUUCUCAAUUCUCUGUCUUGAUUUAAAUCGUUAAAGCCUCGUUGUUAUAUUUCACAAUUCUGGUAGAAAUGAACUUUUUAUCAAACGAGUGCAGUGUAUUGCUUGCCCAGCAGCAAUACGAAGCUCGUAAUAACUGCCUGAAUGUCAGAAUUUAUUGUGUUAUCUGCUCCUCAUUGCUGCAGAAUUUAUGAUAUUAAAACACUGAGAUCAGUGUUGUAUUUGAUGUUUUUUGGAUGUUUGAUUGUGUAUAUAGGGAGUCCCACAGCCUCAGGACUGCUGAUUUUUGAACGACAAGCUUUUUAAUGCUAUUGCCACUUGAAUUGAAAUUUUUAUGGUGGAGAGAGAAAUUAUUAUCGCUCUCACUUUUUUUGUUUGUAAUGGUGGUGGUCUUGUUAUGCGAUGUCUUGUUUGCACACGAGAAAGUAGAAUGCCCAGUACCAGCUGCCUGUAUAAUUUAGUUAUAGUUGUUCAAUAUCGAAUCAAAGUCAAAAUGGGCAUAGCACUGUUAUGUGUGCCUGUGACACCAUGUGUUCGAACAUAAUGAUAUUGCUCGGUAUAACGUAGUACACAUAAUGCUAAUUGUAGCAAAUGACAAUUGCGAUCUCACUGUAAUAAUGGUUCAUUUUGUAAAGUAAGCGUGAGAACGAAUAGCGUAGUGUUGAAAUGGAAACUAACUGGAUUUACUUUGUUAUUUUAAGUUUAUUUAAGUUGAAUUUAACAGUUCUUUGUCGGAUUACAAGAUAAUUAUUACGUCACAGAUAGAGAACUUACUAUAGCCUGACUAAGACAUUGUGUGGUAAAGCGGUAAUGUCACCUUGAAUGUUUGGAAUGAGUAAUUUUGUGACUUAAAUAUGAACUAUUAAAAUGAAUAUGAAUAUGAAAAAUUAAAUAUAAAAAUAUAAACUAUGAAAAUGCA